CGGCAGCCGAGCGCCGAGCGGCUCGAUGAGCGGGGGCGCAGGUACAGCUUGGCUUGGUGGCUGUCUGCGCCCGUGGUCUCCCCCGCCCACCCUCCUUCCUCUGCUUCCCUCCUGCCCAGCGCAGCCAGCGGGGACUGCUGCCGGGAGCGUCCCGAGAGCUACAGGUGGUGAAUACUUCAUUGGGAAAUAGAAGAAUACUUUGUGAGCAAAAAACAUGCCUCCUAAGUUCAAGCGCCAUUUAAAUGAUGAUGAUGUCACCGGUUCUGUGAAAAGUGAAAGGAGAAAUCUUUUGGAAGAUGAUUCAGAUGAAGAAGAGGACUUUUUUCUAAGGGGACCGUCUGGACCAAGAUUUGGACCUAGAAAUGAUAAAAUUAAGCAUGUUCAGAAUCAGGUGGAUGAAGUUAUUGAUGUUAUGCAAGAAAAUAUCACAAAGGUAAUUGAAAGAGGAGAGAGACUAGACGAACUACAGGACAAAUCAGAAAGCUUAUCAGAUAAUGCAACCGCCUUCAGCAACAGAUCCAAACAACUCCGAAGGCAGAUGUGGUGGCGUGGAUGCAAAAUAAAAGCCAUCAUGGCUUUGGCUGCUGCUAUCCUCUUGCUAAUGAUCAUCAUUCUUAUAGUUGUGAAAUACCAUACUUGAUUUGAUGACAGAGAUCCUCAUUAAACAAGAUCUGGGACAAUAAUAAUAAAAGAUUGCUGCAUAAUUUAGAUGAAACCUAUGUAUAUAACUUUCAAAUUUCCUUUUUCAAGAAACUAAGAGGCAAGUACCACUUCAAAUUGGAGCGUUGCGAAUACCCAGUCAUCUUCUCAUCUAACAAAAUAUGCUUUGAGUAACUAUAUUUGAGGCAAAGAGAACUCUAUUUCACUUUAUUCCAAGGAUCUAAUUUGAAACUAGAUACUUGCCAGUUCAUUGUGUGUACAUAUAAACGCUGAUGACAGUAUUUCAUAAUUGUAUUUUAGUGGCUUAAGAACUUUCAUUAUUGUAUUAAAGUGCGGGUCAGGCUGGGGUCAAGAAGUCUUGGAAGUACUAAAUCAUUAUGCUGGAAGAGAUGCCUCACCAUGCUGUCAAUAUUAGCAAGAAUGCCGUUCUUUCGUGUUACAGUUGCUCUGCAGGCAUUCCACAUUUAUGGAGACAACAGAAGCUCCGUUGUCAAUGUUUCUGCCUUCAGCUCCACCUGAAAACAUUCCAGUAAACCUGUUUCUGACUGUAUAAGGGAAUGAGUGGUAAUUUUUUGGUAUUUGCAUUUUGAAAAUGGGAAAUAUAAGCAGUGUGAAAAGCAUAAUAUGGUAUUAUAAAACCAGAGGUAAUAAAACCAUUGGCAAAUGUCACUGAAGUGUUUGAGAGUGACGAUAUAGAGCUACCAGUCUUGGUCCACCUGGCUGUUGGGAAAACUCUAGCAAAGAGUGACUGAUUCUGAUGUGAGUAAAUCAAGUCUACAGGUAAUUUUUUCCUUAAUUUUUAUUAAUAGUUUUUUUCUCUUUAUUUACCAGAAGCACUAAAGUUAGCAAGGUCAGAUGCUUUGAAUUUUACAUUUUUGUAUUCUUGGGUUAUCCUUGGGGAGGUGUAUGUUACACAAUCAAGUCCAAACAGCCAACAGCACUGAGUAGUAAAACGUCAGGGGCCUAGGCAGGCUGUCAGCACACCUGCUAGAGGCCAUUAGUUUCAGCCUGUCUUUUAUAACAGCAAAGUGUGUUCAUUUUAAAAGAAUGCCAACCCCUUCUAUUGUUUAAACAAGUCAAAGUGAAAAUGCACAAUAACGUGGGGGAGGAACAAACAUUAUGAUAAAAUUGGAGCUUGCAGAAACUUGUUAAAACGGACAUCUUAAAUUAGAAAUAGGGUUCAUGAGAAUUACCACUAUGUAAAAAAGGAAGACAGUGAUCUUUAGCAGAUUUUAUUUCUUAGAUCAUUUUAAUUCAAAGUGUAUAAAACAUAGAAUCUGGAUUUUUGUUUGUUUAAUUCUGCAGUAGUUAGUACUAACAGACCAAAUUGUUUAGAAGGAAAGAAAUUGGCAGGAGAAAGAUCAAAUGAUAUCCGGACAUAUUUGGAGUUUAGAGCGCCAAAUGCAGCUGCUGGAUCUCAUAGUUGUGUGUUUUGGGUUUUGGGGGGUUUUUGUUUUGUUUUGGUUUUGAGCACUUGAGUGGUAAAGGUCUUUGUAUCAUGGAGUGAUGACUCACCUUUCAGCUCCAGUGACAGGUCAUGUGACAGGCAUCUGAACUGCUAAUAAACCUGUUUACCUGAGGGGCAUUCUUAGAAUUCAGUAGCUACAACUUUAGGAAUGGAGAUGUUUUAUCUAAAUGGGCAGAACUGGUCCUAACCAGGUUUGUCUUUUACUUGGGUUGAAACUGGACAGAAAUCAUUCCUUUUAGGUGAUGUAGAGGUCAUGUUUAGCUCCAAUAUCUAUUAGUGAAGACAAAGCUUAAUUCUUAAAAAGACUCCACAUUUCCAGUGUUUCAGAAAGUAUGCCACUUUUAAUGAAACAUUAUAAAAAAUAAAAUUAGAAAAUUAUUUUUAGAACUUUAAGCAUAAGAAAUAAAAUAUUUAUAUAUAUAUAUGUAGUUGUUUUAUAUUUAAAUGUAUUGCUGUUAAGAAAAUCAUGUUGCCAUGUAAUGGUUAGAAUUUUGCUUCAGUAAUGACUUUACUUAGAAUGGCUGGCAUGUUUAUGAUGUGGCAAUAUUAGAAACACCAGCCUUCUUACAGUAAGAAACAGAAGAGAGCCAGGUGGGACGGCUCACCCCAUGAUCCUAGCACUCUAAACACUGAUGUAGGAAGAUUGGCAUGAGUUUGAAACCAGCCUGGGCUACAUAGUUCUAGGCCAGCCUGGACUAUAUAGAAUGAGAUUGUCUCAAAACAAAACAAAACAAAACUAGGAGAAGUAGUUGUUCAAACUGUUGCCAGGCCUACCUUCAUUCUUUCCUUAAUCAUUCUUUUUCUCAUUCAGCUCAGAUCAUCCUGCACUUGAAAAAAUGAAGUUUUACCACCAUCAAAACUGUCAUUAUUUAACAACAAUGAAGAUCAACAGAAAAAUCCAAGUAGCUUUGCUAAUGUUAGUUGAUACCCACUGAAAUCAGGUCACUGCUUUUAUGCCUGAAACCUGCCCUUGUGAUUUGUCUUUAUAGACGCCUAUUGCCUUGCCAUGGUUUUGUGAUUAAAUGGGUUCCUCCUUCUGA